UCCCUCACGGCGGGGCGGGGCGGGGCGGGCGUCGCCACCACUCCACCGGCUGAUCCGGGUUCUGUGGCAGACACUGUGGUAGCUGCCAAUCGGCGGCGGCGCCGGGCCUGGCACCGCCCCCCGGCGGCUCCCCACAGGGCCGGGCCGGAGCGGCCGACGCCGCCGGUGGCUGGGUUCGGUGGGUGUUCGGUCCCCCGCCGAAGAUGAACAUCAUGGACUUCAACGUGAAGAAACUGGCGGCCGAUGCUGGUACUUUUCUGAGCCGCGCCGUGCAGUUCACUGAAGAAAAGCUUGGUCAAGCAGAGAAGACUGAACUGGAUGCUCACCUGGAGAACCUUCUUGGCAAAGCAGAAUGCACAAAACUCUGGACAGAAAAAAUAAUGAAACAAACAGAAGUCUUAUUGCAGCCAAAUCCAAAUGCCAGAAUAGAAGAAUUUGUGUAUGAGAAGCUGGACCGCAAAGCACCAAGUCGCAUGAACAAUCCAGAAUUACUAGGCCAGUAUAUGAUUGAUGCUGGGAAUGAAUUUGGUCCGGGAACAGCCUAUGGAAAUGCACUCAUUAAAUGUGGAGAAACACAAAAGCGAAUUGGGACAGCAGACAGAGAACUCAUUCAAACUUCUGCUAUAAAUUUUCUCACUCCCCUAAGAAACUUUAUUGAAGGAGAUUACAAAACUAUUACUAAAGAACGAAAGCUAUUACAAAAUAAAAGACUAGAUUUGGAUGCAGCAAAAACCAGAUUGAAGAAGGCAAAAGUUGCAGAAGCUCGAGCUGCAUCUGAACAGGAAGUGCGGAUUACUCAGAGUGAAUUUGAUCGUCAAGCAGAAAUUACCAGGCUUCUGCUGGAAGGAAUUAGCAGCACGCAUGCACAUCAUCUUCGCUGUCUGAAUGAUUUUGUUGAAGCUCAGAUGACCUAUUAUGCACAGUGUUACCAAUAUAUGUUGGAUCUCCAGAAGCAACUUGGAAGCUUUCCAUCUACUUUCCUCUCUAAUAAUAAUCAGUCUUCCUCAACUCCUGUGCAGAGUGUUUCUGCCCCCUCAGUCUUGGCCUCAGCCCCUGCUUCAUUGCCUUCAGUAAGCAAUUCAAUAGUUACUUCAGGCAUCAGUGAACUGAAGUCAUCAAGUGGCAGCAGGAAAGCUAGAGUUCUCUACGAUUACGAUGCUGCAAACAGCAGUGAAUUAUCACUACUUGCAGAUGAGGUGAUAACAGUGUACAGUAUCCCUGGCAUGGAUUCAGACUGGCUGAUGGGUGAAAGGGGAAAUCAGAAAGGCAAAGUGCCUAUUACUUAUUUAGAACUGCUAAACUAAAUGGUUGGCCUGAAUAAAGACUGUCAAUUAUGGCAACACCAUAUUUAUAUACAAUUAACGUUAUGUAAGCAGGUUUUAAGUGUCUUCCAUGUUAUUGUCUUGAGGGACAAAUACCAGCCAUUAGAAACUGGCUUUUCUGCCAGCAUGGUUGCAUGGUAAAUACUCUAUUCAAACUUAAUGUGUUUAAAGCUUUUACUUCAUGUGCCAAGAACAUGUUUCCUACAGAUUUGUUUCUACUGAAGUUUUCACUAAUACAAGCUUAUACUUUUGAGUAAUCUAGAUUGAAAGCAGGAGGUACUGUUUUCUACUGAAAUUUUUCAUUAAUGGCAAAGCUUUUCUUCACAUAAAAUAAACUUAUUGUGAACUGA